GGGGCGGGGCUGAGGCGGCCAUGGCGGGCCCGGCGGGAGCUUCCAUUGCCGGGGGCAGGAACUGUCAGCGUUGGAUGAGCAGGUGCCUGCACACCACGGUGAGGUUUCUGAGGAAAACUGGAAUUGAGCAGAGGUGGCUGGAGCGGCACUUUAAAGAUCCCUUUGUCAAGGCGUCCAAGCAGCAGCAUUACCGUUGUCGAAGUGCCUUCAAGUUGCUGGAAAUCGAUGACAAGCUCCGUCUUCUUCGUCCAGGACUUUCUGUUCUUGACUGUGGAGCAGCACCUGGUGCUUGGAGCCAGGUUGCUGUAGAGAGAGUCAAUGCCUUAGGCACUGAUCCCACUGUCCCCAUCGGAUUUGUCCUUGGCGUUGACCUSCUGCGGAUUUCUCCUCUGGAAGGAGCUGUUUUCCUGUCAGAAGCUGACAUUGCAGACCCCAGCACGCUGAGGACAAUCCAGAGCGUGCUUCCUGCGGGGAAGGUGGAUGUCAUCCUGAGUGACAUGGCACCCAACGCGACAGGCAUUAAAGAAAUGGAUCAUCAGAAGCUGAUCAAUCUGUGUUUAGGCCUUCUGAAURUAUCCAAAAGCAUUUUAAAGCCAAAAGGAACGAUGCUCUGUAAGUUCUGGGAUGGAUCUGAGGCCCGUCUUCUGCAAAACAGACUGAAGGAGCAGUUCCAGGAUGUGAGAACUAUAAAGCCUCAGGCCAGCCGGAAGGACUCUGCGGAAUCUUAUUACUUGGCRAGGCUGUACAAAGGGAAAUGAAAGUUGGGAACUGCAGAUUCUCAGACAUUGAUUGGAAACCUGAAUUUUGUGGGUGUUUAAAGAAAAAUCCCAUCAUUAAGAUCCUGGGAAAGUUUGCUGCUCUUCUUGAAAUUCAUCAGGCUUUUCAAAUACCUCUGGACAAAAUGGUUGGGAACGGAGAUGAAUAAUCUAAAAGGCAACCUCUGGGACUAGAGUAAUGGAAAUGAAAAAUAAAAUGCUGAUUAUWUGAGUUUUUAAUGCGUGCUUGAAAAUCAUUGCUCUGUUAAUGCUGUCAUAUGUGAGACUGACCAUAAAGUGAUUGUUAGAAUAUGAGAGAACAGCAAGAGGAGUUUGAGCCAAUUUAGUGCCUUUAGAAGUGGGGAAAAUUUAUUAGCACAUGUAAAAAUAGA